AUGUACCGUAGAACCUUUCAAGCCUUCAUCUACACUUGGGCAAAAACCAAACAACAUCAAGGACCACGUGAUUUGCUUGGAGCCGGUUUACGACAAAUUUCUCCUUUCUUUGCCAAAGACUUCUCCAACCUCAAACAGGGAUUGCAGCCAUGGUCAGCCAUCUCUGGUCACUGGUCAGUACCGGCAAGCACAUCUCUGUCAAUCACUGUAGAUAACCAACCAUACACCAAAGCGAAAGUGGCUGCGGAGCAAUAUGUACAAGGCAAAAUAAUGUGGAGAUGGUAUCAAACCCGCCAGACAGUCUAUAAGCAACAAUCCAUUGGCCCGCCCAACCUCGAACCCUCAACUACGCCAAGUCAGAGCUGA